CAUCAAGAACUUUAUUGCAGAAGCCGAGAAGGAGGGCGGGGUAGCGCAUCAUUGAUUCGGGUUCUCGUCUUAAUAUACAGUGCGGAUCGGCCAGGAUGUAGUUACCUUGAUGCAUGUCAGAGACAUACCAGUGCAAUAACCUCUGGAAAUAGAUCUUUGUCUCGCUCUCAUCGUUGCUUUCGUCGACGUCCAAGCCUAUGUCGGAGCUGCUUCCUUUUCGGUUCAUAAUUACUCCAAAGUGAUUGUGUUACAGUUGAAAAUAUUCACCGUCGUUGCAUCGCAACUGCCAGAUCAUCACUAGUUUUAACUGUGUGAUUUUACACCAACAACGUUCUCUUACUCAUUCCCUCACCAACGUCCAUGUCUUCUGCCAUAUAACGACACCCGCACGACAAAGUCAACUAUAUAUUAUACCACGACCAUGAACAUGGACUAUAAUGGCACCACACGAAAACACCUGACCCUCUUGAACACCUCCAGCUCGCCAACAGCAGCGAGUUCUCUCCCUUCCCCGCCCUACUCACCCCCUCCAAACCGCAGCACACCACCCACCAGCGCCCACGCACAAGGCGCGUCUCCCAACGACGCGACCAAAGCCCCCAAAGCCACCCGCCGGCAAUCUUCCAUCUCCUACGUAUCCUCCCGCGUCGACGUGUUCUCGCGACACGGGACAACCGUGGCUGAUGCCUCGAUAGCAACGGAUACGGUACAUGGAACGGGAGGUCUAUUCGAAGGACACAAAAGGACUUCACGCUCGAUGAAGAGGCGCACCAUAGUAGGGCUCGAAGAAUUGCGCGGAAUAAACGCACUUGGGGAAGCCCGCACACGUGUGAGCGUUGGAAGUGCCAGUGCCAGUGCCAAUGGGGGCAUAGAGAGAGCUGCACUGACAUUGGCUGAGAAGCACGCCGACCUCCUACACGCAAUUGCAGCCGCUGAGAGUAGACGCCUCGAGCUAACUGGUCAACUGGCAGCUGUUGAAGGGGAUCUGGCAGAACUAAAGCGCAAAUGGGAACGUAUCGUCAACCGCGAACCAUACCACCCCACUCUUCCCUCAUCAACACCCACUGCUUCUGUCGUAGAUGGCCUCAAAGAAGGUGUAAGAUUACUCGCAGCAGGUCUGAGCGACCUAAGUGACCUCUCUUCUCCGAUCCCCUCGCCGGCUCCUCCAAUCAACACAGAAGAAACUGUGGAUGUUCCGAGGCGUCACGCACAGCGUGUGAGUGACUCGUCCACAUCAACGUCAACACAACUCUCGAAGAGUUCCGCGUCAUCUGUCUGGGACGAAGACAUGUCCCUUUCUUCUGGUAUCGGCGCGGACAACAGCGAACGACAUGUCACGAAUCAAGCACGAGACAAGGAAAUGUCAAGAGCAAGACAGGAAAAAGUCUUUCGUCGACGAUCGCGCGAUCUUUCGCAUCCUCCGACUGCAUUUACGAGGCAUGCCACUUCCUAUAAUAGCACGAGCACUAGUGUGGACCUCGGGCGAGGGAGCGUGGAACUGGACUCGACUACAGAGGUCGUUCGUGGUACAUUCAAUCCGGGAAUAGACGCGUCCGUUGUAGCGGUAGCUUCAGAAUUCGAUGCAGACGGUGCAGGGUCCUCGGAGAUACCAAGCAAAAACACGCUCGGUAGCAAACGCUCCUCCCUAGCGCCGCCUUCAUCGAUGCCUGGCGCGGGAUCGCCCGCCGUAGCUGGUAGUGGAUGGGGGAACGUUGGUCGCAAACUUGGAGGUGAUGUAUUCUCCAAAAGUCAAAAACGAGCCUCCAGUCUCCUCUCGGACGUCUCCCAAUCCAUUGUAUCAGCAUUAACCCCAGGGCCAGUAGCAACCUCCCCCGCACCAGUUCCAACAUCAAUACAAACAUCAACACCUUCCCUUUUCCCAUUCCCCUCAUCCCUCCGCACACCUUCAAGCAGCACCAUCUCCUUAAGCACACCAAGUGCGAGCUCUCCACUGACGCGCCCCACGUACCCGCACACUCGCACCCAUACUCAUGCCCCGGCCCCGCGUACAAACAGUUGGCUGGAAGAUGAGGAAGAUGAGGAUACGGUGAAUGCUGGGGGGGUCAUGAUGCCGUCUGUGCUUACGCCCGAUUCACUUGCACCCACCAAAAAAGAAACAGCGACAACGACGAGUUUCGAUGACGAUGACGACUGGAAUUGGUAGCAGUUACCGUUGUCCGCUUUUGACGCUCUCUGGCUGUUUUUGGAAGACGAAAAUUAGGCUCUGCGUCUGAGUGUG